CACCGCCCAUCCGCCAAAGCGCGUGUUAGAAACUCAACUACCCGGAAAACAGUGACCCACUGGCAGGCUAUAGGAGCUGUAGUAACCCAAACAACAUGUUCAUAUCGCUUCCAAUCGACUGAUAAUCGUCCCAUGAAUCGAUCGGAAGUGGAUUUGACAGACUGUCAGUAUGGCAGAGGGCUUUCUAUUGGAGGUGUGUGUGGACUCCGUGGAGUCUGCUGUCAAUGCUGAACGAGGAGGUGCAGGUCGACUUGAACUGUGCUCUAGUCUUCUGGAGGGGGGGUUGACUCCCAGUCUAGGUCUGCUGCAGGUAGUGAAGCAAUACGUCAAAAUUCCAGUCUAUGUGAUGAUACGGCCUCGUGGGGGAGAUUUUCUCUACUCAGACCAGGAGGUGGAGGUGAUGAGGAAGGACUUAGAGCUGAUGAAGGGCCAUGGAGCUGAUGGACUAGUGUUGGGAGCCCUGACAGAAGAUGGACGAGUGGACGCAGAGCUCUGUAUGGAGUUACUGGCUGCUGCUCGACCUUUGCCUGUCACCUUCCACCGAGCUUUCGACAUGGUUCAUGACCCUGUUGUUGCUCUGGAGACUCUGGUAUCAUUAGGGUUCGAGCGUGUGUUGACAAGUGGCUGUGACACCUCGGUUUUGGAGGGGCUUCCUCUCAUUAAACGGCUCAUUGAUCAAGUAUGUGCUAAAGGGCGAAUUGUCAUCAUGCCAGGAGGGGGCAUCACAGAGAGGAACCUGCAGAGAAUUUUAGAGGGGUCAGGGGCUCAAGAGUUUCACUGCUCGGCCCGCUCCAGUAAGGAUUCUGCCAUGAAAUUCAGGAACACCUGUGUGACAAUGGGAGCUGCUUUCUCUGCACCAGAGUACGGCCUGAAGGUGGCAGAUGUGAGCAAAGUGCGCACUCUUAAUGCAAUAGCCAGAAACACCUUGUGAAUUGGUACUGGAUAAUCAUGACGGACACCAAAACAGAUACCUCAGAAAUGAGUAAUGAUUUUGAUAUGUCAUCAUUUAUUUUCACAAAAGCCCAGAAUAAGGAGACAGACUUUUGCUUUUCUAUUUUUUUGUUUUAUCACUGGUCCUGGUAAAGUGUGAGCUCAGGAACAGCCCUACAGCCUACUGUGAUUUUCAGUUUAUUAAAGCUAUUGGACAGUGGAGAGCAAUGAAUAAUUUGCAUUUAUUCAUUAUUAUACAUAUAUGUGGCUUCAGUAAAUUUAAUACUUCAAUAUUAAAUCAGUUGCUAAAUGAAAAUGACUGUAUUCUUAAAGCGAAGUAAAAGCACUGCUCCGUGCUGCUGCUGUUUUCAGAACAGUAGCCAGUUGCCAUAUAGUUAACCUGUAUUUGUUUACAACACUCCCAACCUGUAGUGGAAGAAGACACAAAGCUGUGACUGCCCGUACUAUUCUUUUACAAGGACAAAAACAUUGUGACUUGAUUUAGUUUGUUUAGAAUUUAAUAAAAAAAAAAACAUAAGCAAUGAA